AUGAACUGGAGAUUUGCGAGCGGAGUCCCUGGCAGCCGGCGGCACGGCAGAGGGAAGAGGGCCGACUGGACGGAGCUCCGCCUUCUCCUUUUUCCGCGACCCCGCGAUGGACUGUGCCCCAUGCGUCCAUGCACUGUCCUGAUUGAACAAGCAGCCGGUCAAGUGGAUCCGUCAACCCCACUGUGA